CUUACAUACCUUCUCCUUCCUCUCUCCCCUUCACACCCUUCUUCUUUCUAUCUAUCUAUCUUCUUUUUCUCAGAGAUCACAACAAAGCAACUAUUUGCAUCACAGUAACCACUGCAUAAUCUUGGAAAUUAGCUUGUGUAAGAGUUGGAAGUAAUAAUUAGUGUUGUAGAUCUCAACUAAAUAUGAAUUAUAUAUUUCUUCUCCUUGUCACUUUCAAGAUUAUCAAGAGGAAGUUGAUGCAGUUAAAAGAGAUUAUGGGAUUUCAAACAUCCCAUUCACAUAGUACUAAAUGGAUACCACAACCAAUUUUCAAAGCAAAGGAGGUCCCAAUUGAUGUUUAUGAAAAUUCAUUAAUCCAAAGGACCACACCGAAUUUGAUUGAUCAUUCCCAAACCAAUUCCAGCUACAUUUUGUCUGGUUAUGAUUCAUGGAUGGCAAGACACCCUUCAGCAUUGAACUCAUUUGAAAGGUUGAUGAAAACUGCCACAGAGAAAAGGAUCAUCCUUUUUUUGGAUUAUGACGGUACCUUAUCCCCAAUUGUAAAUGAUCCAGAUCGUGCUUUCAUGUCUGAAGAGAUGCGUGCUACAGUACAUGAAGUUGCUACUUAUUUUCCAACAGCGAUCAUUAGUGGAAGAAGUAGAGAUAAGGUACAAGAUUUCGUGAAGUUGAACAAUUUGUAUUAUGCUGGGAGCCAUGGCAUGGACAUAAUGGCACCAUCAGUGCCAAUUACAUCCUCUGCAGGGGAGCAUAUUGAAAUUUCCAUUAACAAAAGCUGCACUGAAGUUCCUUUUCAACCUGCCAAGAAGUAUUUGCCAGCAAUUCGAGAGAUAUUAAGAAUACUAAGGGAUGAAGUAGAGGAAAUCAAAGGAGCAAUGGUUGAGGACAACGGAUUCUGCGUCUCUGUACACUUCCGGCUGGUCCAAGAAAAGGAUUAUGGUCUGUUGGAAGAGAAAGUGAAGUCUGUGCUUGAAAAGCAUCCACAAUUUUGCUUGACAGAGGGUAAAAAGGUUAUGGAAAUAAGGCCUUCUAUAAACUGGAAUAAAGGAAAUGCUGUAGAAUAUUUUCUUGACACGUUAGGAUUAAGCAGUUGCAAUGAUAUCCUUCCUGUGUAUAUUGGCGAUGACAGAACUGAUGAAGAUGCUUUUAAGGUCAUACAGGGUAGAGAGCAAGGUUAUCCAAUCAUUGUGUCUUCAGUUCCAAGAGAAACUAACGCUUUGUACUCUUUGCGUGACCCAUCGGAAGUACAAAUCUUUUUGUCACGUUUGGCAAAAUGGAGGAAAACAGCUUACUAAAUCAGGCCUUUAAAUUUUGGUUAAAGCAUAGAUGAUCAUCAAAGGGGUAAUUUUGCCGUGCACAUAGUUACUUCCCACGAUGGUUUUGGAGAAGUGGGAUGACUGUUGUUUUGUUUUUAAGUAGUUGGUUUGUAAAAUAACCACUAUGUAUAUUACUAGCUUGUAAAAAAGUUUCAAUAAGUAAUAACUUCUAGUCUUUAUACAA